AUGCAAAGAGUUUUAAGUUUUCCACCGCCUUCUAGAGGUUUCGGUGAUCCGACAGAAUUCGUUAGUAAACGAAUGUGUUUUUCAUUUAUGUUUUCAUUAGGAUUUUUAGCUUUUUUAGGCGGUUUCCUGUUGGGACGAUUCGUAUUCGAUCAAGAAUUAGAAUUAAGUAGAAAUAAAUUAAAAAAAGCUCACUUACAUCAUCAGCAAGUUUUUGGAACUUAUAAAAAUUAUUCUCAAUUUAACGUCACCAAUCUAUUGGACGACAUAUCGGAAUCUUCCAUAUUGGAACACGUAUCGUUAUUAAAGAACAAAACGAUAUUCGAAUCAGUUAUCGAACCACGUAAAGAAGCUGAAAUAAUACAAAAACACCUUUCGGAAAAUGGCUUCGAUUUAGUGUCGCCAUUAGUUGAAUCUCAAAUACAUUUGUCAUAUCCGAAAAACGAUAAAACAAUAAUUUUGCAAAUAAACGACACGAGAGAAAAAUACAACGACAAACGAAAAUCAGGAACACAAUCGGAAGGAGAAGGAGGAGCCGUUGUGAAAGGAAAUGUCGUGUACGUUAAUUUCGGACGUAACGAAGAUUAUCAUUUUUUAGAUUCUGUAGGAGUGACGGCAACCGGAAAUGUAGUUUUAGUCAGAGCCGGAGGAAUACCGUCAAUUGAUAUCGUUAACAAUGCAUUGGAUCACGAAGCGGAAGGAAUUAUCGUUUACGUGGAUCCGCAACAGGAAAAAACCGUUAAACUCCCAGUGAUAACACCGAGCGAUUUAGCUAAAUUAAAAAUAUUACAUGGAAAUCAAAUUGAUAAGUGGAAUGGAAAAGUUCCAGUACUGGAAAUCGAUUCAAAAGAUGCUGAAAAAAUAUUCACGAACAUGUUUGAAAAUGAAUUAACAUCUGAAAGUUGGAGAGGAAAAUUAAAAUGUUCUUAUCCCAUUGGUCCAGGUUUUAAAAAAACAAAUUGGAAAAUUAAAAUGGAAAUAAACACUAUCGACACGGUUGAAAAAUAUUUCGACGUUUUGGGAGCGUUAAGAGGAUCCCAGGAACCGGAUCGUUUUGUUAUGUUGGCAAGUGAAAAAAUAUCAAAAAACGAUUCAAUGAUGGCAAAUGGAAUAUUAAUGGAAAUUUCUAGAGUUUUAGGAAAUUUAAAAAAUAAAGGUUGGCGUCCGCACAGAUCAAUCGUAAUUGCUUUUUGGGGUUUGAAUGGACCAAAUCAACAUUUGAUGUCACAUCCGGAAAAUUUAUGGUCGGAAUUAAUAAGUAAAACAGUGGCGUAUCUAAAAGUCGAUUCGGAUUUUAAAUUAGGAAACAAUAAAACACAAUCGAUCGCGACACCCAUAUUGGAAAAACUUUUUUUUAAAACAUUGGAAAAUGUUAACAUGGAAAAACCAUCAAUUGACGUCAUGUUACCAUUGAUAACAGAUAACGUUUUUAUUUAUUACGGUAUACCUUAUUUAAAAAUGGAAAGUUUUAAACCAUCGAAUAAUGAAACUAUUAAAGAAAUAACACGUUUUUGGAGUUCGGCCAUUUGGAACGUUGCAGAAAAUCAUAAUUUACCAUACAGUCUUAAUAGUUAUGUAAAAUUUUUUAAACAUUCUAUUCAAGUAUUGGAAAAAAGAUUUAAAACGAUCGCCAUUAAACAUACGUUAUUUUUAGAAACACUUUUUAAAAGCGUUGAUGAAUUAAUAAAAUCAAUAGAAUCAUUCGAUGAUAAAUGGUCACAUGCAGAUAAAUCAAAAUCAAUUGAAAUGAGAAUAAUGAACGAUCAACUUCUUCAUUUUGUACAUUCGAUUAAUUGUAAUAAAGAAAAUAAUGUUAAUAAUGGAGUUUCUUAUUCUGCUUUCGGGUCAGAACAUUUAAUAUUUACAAAAAGUUAUACCGGAAAUGAUGAUAAAGCAGGUUUUGGUAUACUACAAGAUCUUUUACGUGAAAUAACAUCGAAAACGAAAGCUCCGGAUGAUAUACAUCAAAAAAUAAUAACACAUCUUGCUAAUUUAGUAGAAUGUUUAAAUUUUUCCAAAUAUGCACUAAUUGAAAAUUUGGAAACUUUAAUCACGUGGAAAAUGUAA